UAUCUAGAAGGGUGUCAGGAUGAAUUGGGCGGACUAGAAGUAGGAAAUAUUUAAAACUAAUAAAGAUUAAGUAAACUAAGAUGGAGUAAAGAGCACAAAUAUCUGCAUCUAUAUUGCAAAAUCUCAUUCAUUCAUUCAUUCAUUCAUUCGAUAAUUAAUGUGCAUUUUUGGGGGAUUGGUUAGAAAUAUUUGGCAACCUUGCUUUCAGUCCCAACACUAUGCCGGCGUAGGUUUUAAAAAGGGUUCAUGGUUAACGUUAUCGAAGUUGCUGUUAUGGCCAUCACGUGUUUCCAGGUUCAGUGAGAUCUGUCUUGAGGCCUUCGGAAUCAACAGUGUGUUUUCCUGUGGCUUACAGCACUCAAGAAUAAAAGUGUUGCUUUCGAGGUUUAGAGGAUGAGCAGGGGACGUGGCACAAAAAAAAGAGUGUUUACAGAAAUGCCAGAUGCUCUUGAGUCUUUUGAUGGGGUGAUUCUGGAGGAGGUAAAGCAGCUUUUUAGUAAAGUGAGGCAGUACAGCGCUCCACCUGGUACUGAAUGGUGUUUACCAGACCCCAGCGUGGUGCUCUGCGACCGACCAUGGAGUCAUCCACCUCUGCAGGCUCUGAAAGACUCCCUGAACGAGGUGAAAAAUCAGCUCAGUGACAAAGAUUUGCCGGUGUGGCACCAACACACUUGCUCCACCAACCGAGCGGGCAUCGUUACAUCCCACCUCCGUGAGACUGCCAAUGCUGAACUUUGCACCCAGGCCUGGGCCAAAUUCUAUGAGAUCCAAGGAACCUUCAAACUCCUACCGGACACUGCACUGCAGAACUGUGAAUUGAACUCGGUUCAUUUGUGCGAAGCUCCUGGAGCAUUUAUUUCCGCACUUAACCAUUUCCUCCAGACCAGCAGGCUGCACUGUGACUGGACCUGGGCUGCUAACACGCUGAAUCCGUAUCACGAAGCUAAUGCACGGAGCUGCACGAUUGCAGACGACAGACUCAUUGCUCAUACUCUUCCUUGGUGGUUUUUUGGUUCGGACAACACCGGCGACAUCAUGCUUCAGAAGCAUAUGCUGGAGCUGCAAAUAUUUGUUAGUAACAUGCGCAGUGUGGAUUUGGUCACAGCAGACGGAAGCUUUGACUGCCAGGGUGAUCCUGGAGAGCAGGAGAAUUUAGUAGCUCCCCUGCAGUACUGUGAAACUGUGUGCGCUUUACUCUUGCUUGCCCCAGGAGGCUCGUUUGUCCUGAAGAUGUUCACACUUUUUGAGCAUUCGUCCAUUUGCCUGCUUUACCUCCUCGUGUGCUGCUUUCGCUUGGUUCACGUUUUCAAACCUGCAACCAGUAAAGCCGGGAAUUCUGAAGUCUACAUUGUGUGUUUGAGCUUUAAAUCUAAAGACAUUGUCCGGCCGCUGCUCUCAAAGCUAAUCCGUAACUACGGUCCAGAUAUGCUUUCCACAGCAGCGCUGUUUCCAAAAAGCUGCAUUUCCAACUCUUUCCUCAAGCAGCAUGAAGAAAUCUGCACGUUUUUCCAGGGGCUACAGAUCAGCACCAUCCAGGAGAACCUGCACCUCUUUACCAGUAUGACUGCUGAGCAACGCAGGCAUCUAGAUCAGGUCAGAGCAUGUGCGGCGCAGUUCUACGUGCAGCGCUUUCAGGUACAGCCUUUAUCACGCAGACGCUGGGUGUGCAGAGGGGGAUCGAUGGCUUGGGGGAAGCCGUGUCAGAGGAAACCAAUGGGAUCUUUUAACCAGCGCAAGGAGAUGCAGUGUAAGGAGUGGAAGCAGCGUCUUGCACAUGGACCUUACCAAGCAUUAAUAAAGGAACAUUUUCAUGCUGAGGAAGGAUAUGAUUUUGCACUCACUGGUCCUGUGCCUGAGUGUGACUUAAACGCAUGGUUUGGUCUUGUAGGAGCGACACUGCAAAAAGUACGCAGCUCUGCAUUCUGUGAAUCGGAAAUAUUGGACCUGCUUAAUGAAGCUUUAGAAGAGUUCACACUGGUCAUGAAGGAAGAACCACUGGCCACACCAGCUUGCAGAUCUUGCUUCACCAGGACCUCAUCUCCUGCAUUCACAUUAAAUAAACUCUGCUCGUAUCCACUUGUCUCUUCUUGCAUGGUGAUGGUUGGAAAUUCAUCAUGGCAGGAUAUCAACCUUCCAGAAAAUAAGCUGCAGUUCUGUCCAGGCCCUUCCUACCCAGAACUGUGCGUUUCUGCUUUGCAUGAUGGAGACCCACUUCAUCAACGCGAACUGCUCAGCAGUGUGUUUUCAGCUCUGUGUCGACUCGCUGAGGGAUCAUCCCUGGUGGUUCCAUUGAGCACAGCUUUGACCCGUUUCACUGCAUCUCUAGUCCUCGCACUCCACCUCUGCUUCCAGUCUAUCACUUUCCAUUGCCUUGUUGGCGGUCCACCUGUUGUGCUGUUGUGUGUGGGAUUCACCUCAGUACCUCAGAUCAACACCGUCCUCCAGGAGGUCCUGGACCAAAUGAGAACACUAGAGCCAGGCAGGCAGAUUCUACAAUUUGCUCCGAUGGCAGAACUAACCAGAGGUUCACUGCCUCAAUUUCUGUCCAGUCUCAAUAACACUGUUUUGAGGCAGCAGCUCCAUUUACUUCUAGCAUUGCAGAAGAAAAAAUAACAGGCUUCAGGGUGUCCUGAAAAACCUCUAUAGAAACGGGACUACGUUUCCCAGAACCACAUAGUACGUUACUCUGUUAGUAGAUCAUUCACUAUUCCUUCAGUCCACUUCCACCCUUUCAGCCUUUUUCUAAAAUUCUUAAGCAUGGCACAAAUUCCAUGUAUCACGUCCAUCGCAAUCCUGUGACAGAUUUCCGAUCAAUCACGAGAUUAAAGUAUGUUACAUAUUUAAAUUAAAGGCCUAAAGAGUUUAUUUCCCCUGUUUGUAUUGAGACUUUGGUGGCACCCUCUGUCUCCGUCCCACUGAAACUCAAUCCCAGUCCUCAAGGAUCCAUAAUCACCAUUUUUGUUAUAUGCCCCUUAUUAAAAGGUGACUGACUUGGCAUAUGACAGCAAAUUCCGGCUUUUGACAAUUAGGGAAUUGAUUAAAACUCCAAUUAUUCUACAAGUAUCCUGUCUAUCACAUCCAUCAUUCUUAAUCCACAGAGCUUUGUUCAUUUUCCUGUUUUUUUCCUACACUUACACUUCUGACUGAGAUUAAACAGCACUGCGUACCUUGAGCUGGGAGAAAUGACUCGGGGGUGUAAUUCACACCAUCCUUAAAGCUCAACUCUUAUUUUAUUAUUAUUAUUAUUAUUAUUUUUUUUAAUCCAAGUGCAGUAAUAGUGUUUGAGGUUCAUGUAACGCUCUGACAGAUUGUUUUUUGGGACCCAUAUCUUUAUAGUUUGAGAAAAUACACAGAACUUCUGAUUGUCUUACGCAGUGUGCUUCAUUUUAUGGUUUCGAAUGAUUCAUUUGCUUUAUCUGUAAAUAAUUUGAAGUUAUUGAACAAGUACAUUAAGUUGUUACUAUUCGGUCAGCGGGUUUAUUUAUUUAUUUUAUUAAAAAUGCUUUAUUUUUGGAUAUAUGGUGGUGUAAAAUAUGAUUCUAGAGUCUUCCACUGAAUAAAAAUAAUACAAAUAUAAAAGUUGAA